AUGGGCAGCAAGCAGACAGUCUUCACGCAUGAGCAGUUGGAGGCCUACCAGGACUGCACCUUCUUCACGAGGAAGGAGAUCAUGAGGCUCUUCUAUCGCUACCAGGACCUGGCCCCACAGCUGGUCCCUCUAGACUACACCAACUAUCCCAGUGUGAAGGUGCCCUACGAGCUCAUCGGCAGCAUGCCGGAGCUGAAGGACAACCCUUUCCGCCAGAGGAUUGCCCAGGUCUUCUCUGAGGAUGGGGAUGGACACAUGACGUUGGACAACUUCCUGGACAUGUUCUCUGUGAUGAGUGAGAUGGCUCCCCGAGACCUCAAAGCCUACUAUGCUUUUAAGAUUUACGACUUCAACAAUGAUGACUACAUAUGUGCAUGGGACCUGGAGCAGACGGUGAGCAGGCUGACGCGGGGGGAACUCAGCGCCGAGGAGGUGAGCCUGGUGUGUGAGAAGGUGCUGGACGAGGCGGACGGGGACCACGAUGGGCGACUGUCCCUGGAAGACUUCCAGAACAUGAUCCUGCGGGCGCCUGAUUUUCUCAGCACCUUCCACAUCCGCAUCUGA